AUGUUAUGGCCAAAAAUGGAGAUUGAAGAACUGAUUAGGCUUCGAACAGAACUUGAUCUAAAAUAUCAUGAAAAUGGGCCAAAAGGGCCUCUCUGGGAGGAGAUAUCCGCCGCCAUGCGCAACCAUGGGUACCACCGGAGUGCCAAGAGGUGUAAAGAGAAGUGGGAGAACAUCAACAAGUACUUCAAGAAAGUGAAAGAAAGCAACAAAAAGAGACCUGAAGAUGCGAAAACAUGUCCAUAUUUUCACCAGCUUGAUGCUCUAUACAAAGAGAAAGCCAAAGCUGAUGAUUCUUUCAAUCCAGCACCAAUAAUGGUUCAACCCGAGCAGCAAUGGCCGCUUCCACCACACCAACACCCACCAGAUUCCGCCAUGGAUGGUCAUGAGAGUGAGAAUUUUGAUCAGAAUGACAAUGAGGAUGACGAUGGAGACGAUGAAGAGGAAGAAGAUGAUGGUGGUGGUUAUGAGGUAGUAACAAACAAGCCAUCUUCUGUGGCCACCACAGUUGGCUGA